AUGAUGUGUGGUCCAGGAAGAACAUGGUCAUCCGCAAUCGCGGCAAGACGCCUGCUCCCUGCCAGCUCUCCAACUCCACCUGCAGCACAAGCGUCGAAGAUUACUACCGCUCCAAUUGACCUCACGACAGACGCGAGCAACAACACAUCCAACAUGGCAGCACAAGGAACCUCCAGCGGGCACCCCAUCACCGUCUUGACAGCAGACCUCGCCCCCAAACUCCCGGCCCACAGCUCCCUCCUCUUCGCCCAAAAGAAAACCAAAAACCUCUCAUUCGAAACCAUCGCCCAAGCCCUCGGCCGCGACGAAGUUGCCGUCGCCGCAAUCUUCUACGGCCAAGCAAAGGCUUCAGACGAAAACAUCUCCAAACUCGCUUCCGUCCUCGACAUUAAUGAGAACAUCCUCCGCGAGACUGAGAUCAUUGGUCUCCCCGACCGAGGCAAGAGCGUGGAUAUGCCGCCCAGAGAGCCGUUGAUUUAUCGCUUGUACGAGAUUGUGCAGAAUUAUGGGUAUGCGUAUAAGGCGGUGAUCAACGAGAAGUUUGGUGAUGGGAUUAUGAGUGCCAUUUCGUUUUCGACGAAGGUGGAGAAGGAGGUGGAUGAUAAGGGGGAGUGGGUCAAGAUCACAUUGAGGGGCAAAUGGCUUCCCUUCACUCGAUUCUAG